AUCUUUGUCCUUUGAGAUUGGUGAUUUCAUAUUACCAAUUAUUAAUAGGAAAAGGUAUUACAGAUUUCCAUUUCUUUUUUAUUAAAUAAUUUUAUAAAAAAAGAAGUAAUUUAGAAGGUAGAAUAUAAUACUCCAAUUUCCAAUUCCUCACCCACCAUCAUCAUCUCUAAGAAAAAGAAACAGCAUAUUCUGGCUUCUCCAAAUUUCGAGGCUGGUGAUUAAAUUUGAUUGCAUGCAGCAGCAGCACCUUAUGCCGCAUAGAUAGUGGAAAUCUUAUCAUCAUCAAUAUCAUCAUCAGUGAAAAUUUAAAAAUUCAAUGGGGAGAAAGCAGAAGCAAGACGACCAACAAAAGCAGCCAUCAAAGUCGUUCAGGAGUAAAGCAGCCCACUUGGUAUCUGAUCUAACCACCGGUUUGCUCAACCCAAUCUCCGAUAAACCAUCCAGACCACCUCCGCAAUCAUCUCCUCAUGAUGAUUUGAAUAACUCUGAAAACAAACAGAUCACAGAGGAGGUUUCGAAGGACUCUGUUGAUGGUCCCGACACAUCUUCAUUUACUGCAUUUCUCUAUUCAUUUCUAGCACCCUCGGAACCUCAGACUCCGAGUAAUUCUAACCUUGAUAGGAAAAGUAGUUCUCGUGAGGAUGACUUUACUCCGUCAUCUGAACCAAUGACUACGAAAGAGAAUGUCAAGAAAAAAAGUUUGUUUUCAAGAGGUAAACAAUCCCUUGGAAAAGCAUUAUAUCAAGCUGCUAGAAUAGGUGGUUAUAGAAGUCAAUCCUCGAAAGGGAGUUCGGAUAUGGCAGUUGGUGAUGGAGGUGAUUCCAAGGAUGAUGGAAUAGCCCUGAAAAUUUUGAACGAGUCACAACCUUCAGAAGAUCUAAAUCUUCCUGAGAUUUCUGAACCAUCAUUGCUUCUGUCUGAAAAGACUAGGAGUGUUCUUUAUGCUUCUCUACCCGUGAUUGUCCAGGGACGAAAAUGGAUGCUAUUAUACAGCACUUGGAGGCAUGGGAUUUCACUUUCAACGCUAUACAGAAGAAGUACGAUUUGGCCUGGCCUUAGUCUGCUGGUUGUCGGGGAUCGCAAAGGUGCAACAUUUGGUGGUUUGGUUGAAGCACCUUUGAGACCAACAAAUAAGAGGUACCAGGGGACAAUUGACUCCUUUGUCUUCACAAAUAUAUCUGGACUUCCUCUAAUUUUUCGUCCUACAGGAAAGAAUCGCUAUUUUACUUUGUGUUCUACGAAUUAUUUGGCCAUGGGUGGAGGUGGCCAUUUUGCACUUUAUUUGGAUGGAGAUCUAUUGAGUGGAUCAAGUUCAUCCUCAGAAACCUAUGACAAUCCUUGUUUGGCACGCUCCGAUGAGUUCGAUAUCAAGGAAGUCGAGCUAUGGGGUUUUGUUUAUGCUUCGAAAUACGAGGAGAUGAUCGCUUUAUCGCGAACAGAGACGCCUGGGAUUUGCCACUGGUAGAUCAAUGGGAUUUCUCUUUUUUGGUUCACACACAAUGCUGCUGUAUAUAUGGAUUCUUACAUCCUUUUUUGUUGUACAAUGCUGCAUGUUACAUUGGUUGUAUAGAAUACACGUUCGUUUCAGCACUAGUGUGAGUUGUUAAAUGAAACUGUUAUUUUCUGCAAA